GUGCGAGCCAAAAACUACUUGACACAUGACAGGAGGAGCAGAAAAACAACCAAACAAAAAAUAAAAAUAAGAAAAAACAACUAAAUAAUAAAUACUUUAAUAAAUAGUUCUCAAUUAACUAUAAAGAUGAAUAUUUUCAAACAAAUUUGCCGAACCUCACCAGUCGUUCGAAGUGUCCUUUUGUCGAAAUUCCAAAGUGUUCGGCGAGUAUCUUCCCUUACAAAUAACCCUAUAAAACCUGUUGAUAUAAAUACUUCAUUGCUGAAUGAAUUGGAGUUAGAUAAAUUGUAUAAAAAAGUAGAACUUGAAAUGAGAGGGAUUGAUCCUGCUGUUUUGCUGAGUUACUCAUGGUUUUGUAUAGCUGCCGCUUCACAUUUAGGAAUUGAAGUUACUAAAAGUUGGAGUCCAAGAAAAGCCGAAAAAGAAAGACACACAUUACUCAGAUGUGUCCAUAUUUACAAGAAACAUAGAGUACAGUAUGAAAUUAGGACAUAUUUUAGAUUUGUUCACUUACAGAGAUUGACUGGUUCAACUUGUGAUACCUAUCUAGAAUAUAUCCAGAGGAAUUUACCCGAAGGAUGUGCACUUAAAGUUACAAAGGUUGAAUGUCAAUCGAUCCCAGAGCAUAUAAAACCACCUACUGAGUAAUAUUUUACUAUAAUUAAGUUUUAGAGGUAGUUAAUAAAAAUAGUAAUUUAAA